AUGUUGUUCAAAAGCCUCGUCAUGGCAGCUCUGCUCGCUGCGCAAGCAACUGCUACUAUAUACUAUGCUGGCGUCGCGGAAAGUGGUGGAGAAUUUGGUGUUUAUAGCUCGUCUAAGACUCCUGGGACUGGCUUGCCAGGAACAUUUGGAGUGGAUUAUAAGUUCAUCAAUGAGAGUGCAAUUGACGUAUACGUUGACCAAAACAAGGUCAAUCUGUUCCGCGUAGCAUUUCUUCUUGAACGAAUGUGCCCCGUCGCCACCGGACUAGGAGCGACAUUCAAUGAGACUCACUAUGGCUUCUUCGCCGAUGCUAUCGACUACAUCACUACAACAAAGGGAGCAUACGCCAUCCUCGAUCCGCACAACUAUAUGCGAUACAACGACCCAUCUCAACAACCAAGCACGGGGAGCAUUAUUGGAGACACCACGGACUCUACAGCUGCUACGACUGCUCAAUUUGCGGAGUUCUGGGGCGAGUUGGCACGACGUUUGAAGGACAAUGAGAAAGUGAUAUUUGGACUUAACAACGAGCCACACGACAUGGACACAAAUCUCAUCCUUGCCAAUGACCAAGCCGCCAUCAAUGCCAUUCGAGCAGCAGGAGCAAACCAGCUUAUCAUAGCCCCCGGUAACGGCUACACGGGCGGACACAGCUGGACACAAGACUAUGCCGGCAACUCCCCCGCCUCCAGCGCCGUAUUAGGAAACCUAACAGAUCCCGCAAACAACACGGCGUUUGACAUCCACGAAUACCUCGACAGCGAUUUCUCCGGCGGCCAUGCCAACUGUUCCCAAUCCGGGCCCACGAACCUAGCGCCCCUGACCGCCUGGCUCAAGAGCAACAGCUUCAAAGCCAUGAUUACGGAAUUCGGCGGCUCGAAUAGCACUGGGUGCGCGGGCUAUAUUACGGAACUGGCUAACUAUAUGGCGCAGAAUGAGGAGUAUAUUGGAUGGACGGCUUGGGCCGCGGGGCCGUUGUGGGGGACCAAUAGUCCGUGCUGUGGGGAUGGGAAUGCUUGGGGGAGUCUGGAACCCGGGAGCGUGGCCGCGGAUGGGAGUCCAGGUUUCUAUACGACGGUUUGGGAGAGGGAUAUUCAACCGCUUGUGCCGAGGGUGUUGCAGUGGAGUGGGGUUUCUAGUGUGCAGGGAGGGGGUUUGACUAUGAAGAUGUAA